AUCGCUGCGUUGUGUGGCUGCGCCGGGCGUCUGGUCCUCCAGUGAUGACGCUCCACACGUAUGUGUUUAUGCAGGAAAUGCAGUAGUGCAGAGUAGAUUAACGCUGUCGUCUCUGAUAUAGGGAGCAACCAGACACGUCGCCAGCGGAAAACGGGCUGGUACUGAGCUCCUGUUGAUGGAGUACAUGCUCCAGUGAAAUGACAGACCAGGGAAAUAACAAUCAGAAUAUCUCUGGAAACCCGUUUGCUGCCCUCUUCAGUUCCCUUGCUGAUGCAAAGCAGUUUGCAUCCGGCCAAAAACUACAGCAGCAAACUGAACCGCCUUCGGAAGACUCUGGGGAGAGCCAGUCUGAGUCAGACAAUUCGGUGUCUGACAGCAUAGAGGACAAUGAUGACUCGGUGGCAGAGAUCAGCCGCUCUUUUCGCUCGCGGCAGGAGCUCUGUGAACAGCUCAAUGUCAAUCACAUGAUCCAGCGGAUCUUCCUCAUCACUUUAGACAACAGUGACCCAAGUCUCAGAAGUGGUAAUGGCAUACCCCCUCGCUGCGUCUACCUUGAAGAGAUGGCCGCUGACCUUGAUGGCCAAGACUGGCUUGACAUGGACACAAUAGAGCAGGCUAUUUUCAGCAGGCUGCUUUUACUAGAACCGGGGAACCACCUCAUCUACAUGACUUCCUGCAAUGUAGUGAACCUGUCUGCAGAUCGUGACGCAGGGGAGAAACGGGCCAUACCGUACCUUUAUGCCUGUUACCAGAGAGCCAAGGAAGAGGUCACUAAAGUGCCAGAGAAGCUUCUGUCUUAUGCUGUGCGCUGCAAGAACCUGACUGUGUCCAACGCUCGCACGGUGCUGCUCACCCCGGAGAUCUACAUCAGUCAAAAUGUGUACGAACAGCUGCUGGACCUGCUGCUGGAGUCGGUCAACAGAGCUCAAAUUGAGGAGGUGGUGGAGUUUCUAGAGGAAGUGAUCGCUGGUCUUUUGGCUGAUCAGGAAGUGCGCUCUUUUGGAGAGGUUAUGGUGCCAGUGUUUGACAUUUUCCAAGGCCGCGUGAAAGACUUAGACCUCUGCCAGCUGCUGCUUUAUUCCUAUCUGGAUAUUCUGGUCUACUUUAGUCGACAAAAAGACAUCGCCAAGGUACUUGUGGAACAUAUUCAACCCAAAGAUCCUAACAAUGGACUUCAGUAUCAGAAGACCCUUCUGGGCACUGUGUUGAAUAUUUCUUGUUUGCUGAAAACUCCUGGGGUGGUGGAAAGCCAUGGAUUUUUCCUCAAUCCCUCCCGCUCCAGUCCACAGGAAAUGAAGAUUCAAGAGUCUAAUAUCCACCAGUUCAUAGGCCAGUUUCAUGAUAAGCUGCACCAGAUUUUGAAGAACCUGCUGCAGCAGUCUACUGAGACCCGUCACCUGCUGCUCUCCUGGCUGGGCAGCUGCCUGCAAGCUAACAUGGGACGGGCCAAAAUCUGGGUCAACCAGAUGCCUGAAAUCUUCUUCCAGAUGUUUGCCUCAGACGCGUUCUUCCUGAAUCUAGGUGCUGCGCUCCUCAAACUCUGCCAGCCCUUCUGUCGCCCUCGCUCCCCCAAACUCCUCACCUUUAACCCCACCUACUGUGCUCUUAGGGACCUGAGUGAGGAGGAGAGGCGCAACAGGAAUGUGCAUGCCAGAGGGCUAGAUAAGGAGACUUGUCUCAUUCCGGUUCCCCCUCAGCAAACGACUGAAUUUGCCCAGUCGUACAGCCUUCUCACAGAGAACCUGAUCCUCACUCAGCUCACCCUGCACUUGGGCUUCCACAGACUACAUGAUCAGAUGGUAAAAAUGAACCAGUCUCUGCACCGGCUGCAGGGCACAUGGCGAGAGGCCCAGCUGAGCGGAGGUCCAGUAGCAGAGCAGCUGCGGGAGCAGUUUGAACACCUGAUGACGGUUUACCUGUCCACUAAGGCUGCUGCCACUCAGCCUGCAAUGCUCCAGAACUGCCUCAAUCUGCAGGCCUCCUCUGCAGCCCUGCUGGUCCAACUCAGCCUGGGCAACCAAGGCUCUGAGCACGUUCCCCUCUCGUUCCCUUUACCUCCACUACAGAACAGCCUGCUGUGCUAUGUGCCAGAGUUCUUUGCUGAGAACAUGGGUGACUUCUUCAUUUUCCUUCGACGCUUUGCUGAUGAGGUGCUGGAGUUGUCCUCAGAGAGCUUGGAGCAAGUUCUCAACUUCAUCACUGUGUACAUGGGAAAUGUAGAGAGAAUGAAAAAUCCUCAUCUGCGGGCAAAGCUGGCCGAGGUUCUGGAAGCUGUGAUGCCGCAUAUGGAGUCUGUUUCGCCUAGCGCUCCGCAGCCCAUUAUGUUCCAGCGACAGAGGGUGUUCUGCUCCUACUGUCACGCGCCUCAUCUAGCUGAAGCGCUCAUCACUGUGUUUGUAGACAUUGAGUUCACUGGUGAUCCUCAUCAGUUUGAACAAAAGUUUAAUUACAGGAGGCCCAUGUACCCUAUUCUGAAGUACAUGUGGGGAGAGGACAGCUAUAGAGAGAGCAUCAAGCAUCUGGCGGAUUAUGCAUCCAAAAAUCUAGAAGCCAUGAACCCACCACUUUUCCUAAGGUUCCUCAACCUACUUAUGAAUGAUGCCAUCUUCUUACUUGAUGAGGCUAUACAGUACCUGAGUAAGAUCAAGCUCCUGCAGCUGGAGAGGGACCGGGGUGAGUGGGAAGGCCUGGCCCCUGAUGCCCGCAGAGAGAAAGAGUCCAGUCUGCAGAUGUUUGGACAGCUGGCCCGCUUCCACAACAUCAUGUCAAAUGAGACCAUUGGCACCUUAGCUUUUCUCACAUCUGAGAUCAAGGGUAUCUUUGUUCACCCUUUCCUUGCUGAGAGGAUCAUCUCCAUGCUCAAUUACUUUUUGCAACACCUGGUGGGACCUAAAAUGGGUGCCCUGAAGGUGAAGGACUUCAGUGAGUUCGACUUCAAACCUCAGCAGUUGGUAUCGGACAUCUGUACCAUUUACCUGAACCUGGGAGAUGAGGAGAACUUCUGUGCCACUGUUCCAAAGGAUGGGAGGUCGUAUUCUCCAACCCUGUUCUGUCAGACGGUUCGAGUCCUGAAGAAGAUUAACAAACCCGGCGAUAUGAUUGUUGCUUUCAGCCACCUAGCAGAUAAAAUAAAGUCUCUGGCAGACCGGCAUCAGCAGGAAGAAGAGACAUACUCGGAUGCUCCUGAUGAGUUCUUGGAUCCCAUCAUGUCAACCUUGAUGCUUGAUCCUGUGCUGCUACCUUCUUCAAAUGUCACAGUUGACCGUUCAACAAUAGCUCGCCACCUGCUUAGUGACCAGACAGACCCUUUCAACCGCAGUCCGCUCACCAUGGACCAGAUCAGACCCAACGAAGAACUCAAGCAACAGAUCAUGCAGUGGCUGGCCGAGCAUAAGCAAAGGGGUAUGCAGAUGGGACCCAGUGGCUAGUCCACUCGCGCUACCACCACCCCAACCCUCAGGCAUGAUCCAGCGGAGCUUUAUGUACUGUUUCCCUUUCAUACAGUUCUAUGCCACAGAGAGACAACAUUCAACCACUGGUGGAGGAACGCAGGUCUUCUAACAUGGUCUGGUAUUUUUACUUAAGGUCAAAUGCAAAUGGCAUACAUCUGUAGCAUUUAGACAUUCUUCUCUCCAUCUGCUCAAAAGCCUGGCCAUCAUCAAUGACAUUAAGGCUAUCUGGACAGCCAGCUUUUAUACUGCUGCAUUAAACACUUCAUCUUACUUUUAUUUUGAAAGUUGCCUUGUCAAGAUUUUUUUUCCCUGCAAAAGUUUAUUUUGAUUUAUGUGUAGAAACAAUAUGCAGAUCUUUGCAAAUAAAUGUAUUAUGUUGUAAUAUAGAUUUGUCCUCUACCUCUAAUCAAAUCAGUUUGAACACAUAAAUUCACGUAUUUUAUUCAGUUAGAGAAGUGUGUCUCGAGGUAGCUACUGUUAUAUGAAAAUAAGGUGUGGAAGCAGUAUUGCCAUACUCAAAAUUAAAGUUAACCCAUCUUUGAUGUAAGAAGGACAGAAUACUCAGUCAGUGCCUAUCCAUCAGCCUUGUUUACUCGUGUAUUACAACAAUUUGUUUUGACAGUGGUGUUUGUGAAAUCUAAAACCUCUGCUCACACUAGUUUUUCAAAAUGUGUGUAUAAUUAAGUCUUUAAGGUGGAAGCAGCAAUUCAGAGUGAUUUGUUGUGAAAUGCUCCAUUUAACAGAGACUUACCAAGUCAAAACGGUUCACAGGUGGUGCUGAUGGGAACUGAAGAGUUUAAUGCCUCUGAAGGCUCUCUCACAAAGUUAGAACAUAAAAUAAUUAUGAAUACACUGCCUGAUAUCUGAGACAAUGUUUUACAGUAGUUUUGAGAAGGUUUUGGCCUAAAGCAUUUUUGUAGUACAUUUAAGGCGGAGUGGAAUAUGCAGGGUGUUGUAAAGCAAAAUGGUACCCAAACAAUCUUUUUGAUUUGACAAUAUUUUACCUUUAUAAACAUCACAUAUAAAACACCAUGUAGGUUCACUGGUCAUUUUAGAUUGUAAAUUAAGUUGUUAUAUUUGCAUUGUUAGACAUUGCAACUCCUGGUUACCAUCACUAUUACUUUAGAGAAAUUCUGAAUCUGUAAUUUUCUGUACACUUCACAUCUAAAGGUUCUUGAAUUCUUGAUAUUUUGCAGAUAUACGUAAAUUUAUUAAGAGCCAUGAUAUACUAAAAGUUACAUUCAGGAACUUGCAGCACUUUUUUUUUCUCUUCCUGGACCAUUAUUAGCCAUAGAGCAUAUUAUUAUCUUUUGUUUAUUGAAAUUCAGAUUGAAAUUGAAAUUUUAUGUUUGUGUUAUUUGGAAUUGGGAAGUACGUUAAGUGAGUCUGUGUUACAUGGUAAUGACAUUGUAAUACCUUAAGUUUGGGAAACAGGCUCUUUUUAUUUUGCUGGAA